GCUGACACGAGAGCUGGCACUGUUUGCAUUCUCUGGUUGGAUUUUAGGCCUUGCUGGGUGCCACUGACCCGUGCCUCCAGCUCACCUCGACGCUGCCAUGGCCACGCUAGAGACACUGCCCGUCCUGAGUGACCCCGCCCGCGCCAGCCCGCAGAACUUCCACGCACUCGCCGCCCGGCCAUCCCGAACCGCCGCCCCCAGGAGCGCCAUGGGGAGCGUGGCCCGGCGUGUCGCCAACGACCAGGAGUAUGCACAUGAAGGAAGCGUGGGCACGCCGGGACCCCGGGGCAAGUCGGCAACGCCGCCAGGCUCUCCGAGGGCUUCACCGCAAAACAACGGCUACUCCGCGCGGGAGAUCUCCAACCGCUACUCCGGCGAGGAGAAGACCUACAAGUCGGAGAAGGUCUCCAACUCCCUCUACAUCAACGGCGACCUGCGCAAGAGCGAGAAGGUGAAGAUGGACAUCUGUGGGAACGUGACCUCCAACAACGAGAAGAACCUGCCGCCUCCUCCCCAGUACCGAGAGCCCGGUAACCCACCAAAGAUAUUGCCAAUCUCCGGCAAACUCGACCAGAGCAAUGAGCCCUUAGUUAGACCCUCAGCCUUUAAGCCAGUAGUUCCUAAAAACUUCCAUUCCAUGCAGAACCUCUGCCCGCCGCAGAGCAACGGGAUGACGGAGAACAGGAAGAGCUUGAACCACGCCAACAGCAAUAGCCCGUCCGCACCCAAAGCUGGGCUCGACAAGGGCAGCCUUAACAGGACUACAAACCAAGGGGGGGGGCUCUCGGAUUCGGGGCGUAACUCCCUGACGAGCCUGCCCACCUACGGGACGGGCUACAGCCAGCACGUGGGGCCCAUGAGCGCCUCCACCAGCCACAUCAACCGCAUCGGCACCACCUACGUGGAGAAGAACAUCGUGGGAUACAACGGGAUAUCUACCUCAGACAGCGGGCGGUCCUCCAGCAAGAGCACCUCCUCCUUCAGCAGGCUGAACCAUCUCAACGAGACCAUGCCUUUCCACUCGCCUUCCACGGACGACAUCAUCCAGGACCUGGAGGACCGGCUGUGGGAGAAGGAGCAGGAGGUCCUCCAGAUGCGGAGGAACCUGGACAAGAGCGAGGCGGCGAUCUUCCAGGUCUUCGAGGAGAAGCAGAAGAUCUGGGAGAGGGAGAUGGAGGACCUGAGGCAGAACUACGCCAACAAGCUGCAGCAGGUCUCCAAAAAGGCGCAGCGGGCUCAGCAGGCUUUGCAGCUCCAAAUUUUCAAGCUCCAGCAGGAGAAAAAAAAACUCCAGGACGACAUGGGGCAACUCCUCCAGCAGCGAGAGGAGCUGGAGAAGAAAUUUGUGGCUUUCAAGAAGGAGCAGGCUGAGUUUCUCCCAAAGAUUGAAGAGACCAAGUGGGAGGUGUGCCAGAAGGCAGGCGAGAUCUCCCUGCUCAAGCAGCAGCUGAAGGACUCCCAGGCAGACGUCUCCCAGAAGCUGAACGAGAUCGUGGGGCUGCGCUCGCAGCUCAAGGAAGGCAAGAACUUCCUGCGGGAGAAGGAGGAGCAGAUCCUCACCCUGAAGGACUCCUACAGCUCCAAGAGCGUCAACCUGGAGAUCUGCGAGGGCGAACUGCAGCGCAAGAUGAGCGAGGUGCAGGUGCUGAGGGAAAAACUGAACCACUGUGAGCUGGAGGUCUCCGGCCUGAAGCGGACACUUGCCAGCAUGGGACCCCCGGGGCCCUUCGGGGGCGACCUGGGCGAGAAGCUGCGGGACCCGCUGGCCUGCGAGAGCGACGAGGCCAAGAUGCAGCGGCAGAGCGAGGACAGCGUGAACUCCCUGCGGAAGGAGGUGGAGAGGCUCCAGACCGAGCUGAAGCUGGAGCGGCAGCAGCGGGAGCAGCAGGUGAUGGACUUCGAGGAGGAGCGGCGCACGUGGCAGGAGGAGAAGGAGAAGGUCAUCAAGUACCAGAAGCAGCUGCAGCUGAACUACGUGGAGAUGUACCAGAAGAACCAGCUCCUGGAGCACAAGGUGAACGAGAUGAACACCAAGGCCACCAGCCCCCCGCACACCGAGGAGAAAAAGACGUGGACUCCCUCCAGGCUCGAGCGAAUUGAGUCCACCGAGAUCUGAGGAGGGGCCACCACCACGACACAACGAGAUUUUUUUAUUGCUGUGCAUGUACUACCUACUCAAGCCAGUGAUCUUCCGAAGGAUAACGCGCUACCGCCGGAGCGGGGGGAGCCUGCUCUGCUCCCAGCCGAGCUCCACCACCCUUACUCUCCACUUCUGUGCUCUGUAGGUAAAAUAACUGUGGAUGUGCGUUGGUUUUCUAUCGAUGAUGCGACAUCUCUUUCGGGUUUUUUUUUCCUAGUACAGCUGGUGAGGGUCAAAAUUGGCUCUUUCGUUAAUCUGCCGUGACUGUUACUCCGCUGGAGGCUGCCACCCCCUCUCCUACAGUUCACCCCUCCUCAGUUGGUUGUUUUGGAAGGUUAAUAUUCGGUUUCUUUGGUUUUCCCGAGCAUUUUCGUGCAGCGAAACAGCUCAAAGUGGCAGGUUUGUUGGUUUGGUUGGUUGGUUUGUUUUUUUUCCCAGAUGUUUUUAGCCACAUUGGCUAACGGAGCAAAGCUCUCGGGAUGAUGAGCAAACUCACUGUUCUGCAUCAAGUAUCCUGUUCCAGACGAUGGUCUUAGUGAAGUCAGUGCAAGGUUGGCCACUGAUUUCAGUGAAACCAGACAUAUCUCUGCCAGACGACUCCCUCUUGCCAGCCCAUGGUUGCAAGAGGUUAGGACAUCCUUGAGGAGCAGGAUGAGCCUGUCCUGGUAACAGAAGCCAACAGGGAAUGAUCUCCCAGCAGGAGCCUCUUUGGGGGCUCAGCAGAGCUGUGUUUUCAUUUCCUUGUGGUUUCCUUCUGUGGUUCCACUCCUCUCCCAGGUUGUGACUGACCCUGGGAGCAGAAAUACCCUCCCACCUCUGCCUUGGUCCCCUUACCCUUACUAUACACCCAAGCUGGCAACAGCAAGAAAAAAGCUUGGAAAUCCAAGCUGGUUUCCCUUCCCAAGAGCCCUCUUACUUCCCAAAGUCAAUGGGAUCAAGGUUUGGGGAAGCCUCCAAACCUGUGGGAUGUUUAUGCAAACUGAAGCUUUAGCAAUUUGCCCCAAUAUUGGGCAGUUGUGCCACCCUGUCCCUGAAUGAGUGACGCUUUGGGGCACUCUCUUGGUCCAGGGUCUACUUAAAAACAGCAUCCAAGCCUCACUCAGGAGUUGCAGGGGGCACAUCCCAGCUGGAUUCCAACGGGGCGAGCGUCAGCCUUCAGUACAGCCAUUCCAAACAGCACCCACGGCCGUCCCACGCGGCAUCACAUAUUCCAGGGAUGGAGAUAACGCAGGCCUAGCUUAAGAAAACACUCAGCUACUAAUUCUGAGCAUGAAUUCAGUCCUUAAGAAGGGAAAAUGCUUAAGAUCACGCAAGUGCUUAUGCCCUGGCAGAACAAUAACCAAAUCCUACGUGCACAGUCACUGAGGCAGCAAAACCCGGCUCUCGGCUUGAAAACGUGGGCAAAGUGGGCCCAGUUCUCCCUUUUAUGGACAUUUUUUUACCAUGAUCCACAGUAAAGAGAAGGGAAACGUUUCAAAGUGGAGUUUGCAGAGACUGGGCAGUGGCCAAAGAAUCAACACAAGUGGGAAUUUUGGCUCUUUGUCUUAGGGAGAAGAUAGAAGAACAAAGCUGGAAUUAGCACUGGACACCUUGGAAUGUCUGUGCGGUGACUCCAGGGAGGGUUUGGCCAGAUCACAUUCCAUGUGCACAAGAAGGAAGAACCUCAGGGUGUUGAGGGGCUGAAGACCUUCCAAGCAAAAGCCCUGAACCUGCACAUUUUCCAUGCUCCCUUUCUGAAAAGCUCCUCAUUUCAUCACCAGGUCUGACCUUCAAUUUGGGAACAAGCAUUGCUGUGGUGAGCUCCAGACUGAGCAGAGAGAGAGAGGAGGCUGCAGUUAAUCCCACCAACCAAGGUCAUCAGGCA